GCAUCCUUCAGUAUGUCCUCCACAGCUACCAUCAAGAGGUGAAGAAAGUUAUAGAUGCGGCCCAAGGUAGCUGGGAAAGGUUCAAGGAAGGGAUGCAAAGGAAGUACCGCCUGGGAGAUGGAUUGUUGACCACCGCGGACCUGGAGGCGAUGAACAAGGAGGAUUUUACGACGAUAGGGGCUUUUGUUCAGGAGUUCAAGAAAAAGGCACGGAAGGUUCAUGGGAUUUCAGAGGAGGCACAUUGCACCAUUUUCCUGGGGCUACUCACGGCAUCGGAGGCCAUUGAGUUAUCAAAACAUGGAGGGGGAAGUACCAGGCUCACCUGGGCCACCAUUGAUAGAGGGGUGGAAGUUGGAUGCUUGGACCAGGUGGAGCAACGUCAGCUACGCCUGCAAAGGCAAAAGAGAAAGGAAAGAGAUGCGACCGCCUCUGGGACCAUGGGGGUAAUAAGGAUUGUUACAGACAUAUUGGCACAGCUGGGGUAUGCGACAGAGCCAGUGGUGCAAAUGAAGGUAGUAACGGUUGUCCAAGUGAAGGGAAAGGAGUCGGUGAUUGAGGAGGCUGUUCAGGAGGAGCUCUGGGAAGAGGAAGAGCCAGUGCCGCAGCGCCUGACGAAGGCCCAAUGCAAAGUGCGUAACUUGGCGCAGGGCGAACAGGGAUCAGGAAAAGCGGAGGCGCCGCAGGCCUUGACAGCAACCCCUUUAAAUGUGGCGGCUCCAUCAUCUAGUACGGACCCCUUGCAAGGAGGGGCGCCCUCCUACGGACAGUGGCCCUGGCCGGUGAUUAAUGCAAUCGUACCAUGGGGUAGCCCAUCGCUACUAGCCGGACCACAAACGAGUAUGCCGCCACCCAUUUACCCCGCAGCCCAGGCCCAGCCUGUGGCCCCGCCACCGUCACCCGCUCCCAGUUCACAGGGAAGCGUGGCAGGACGUGGGACCAGGGGUAGGGCAAUCAAGGCAACGGAGGGAGGGGUGGAGGAAGGGGGCGAGGCAGGAAUGGCGGCGGAAGAGGAGGGCAAUGGAAUAGUCAAGGCCGAGGAAACCAAGGCCAGGGGUACCAAGGCCAGGGGAAUCAAGGCCAAGGGUACCCAGGCCAGGGGUAUCAAGGCCAGGGGGAUCAGGGAAGUCAGGGGUAUGGGAGACCCCGUUUUGACUGGAGGACGGCCAUCUGCCAGCAUUGUGACCAGCAAGGCCACACCAUAAGGUUCUGUAACAUAAGAUGGGAAGACGAGAGGAGCGGGAUGAUCUCCUCCACCAUGGAUGAGAACAUUUACGAUCAGUUUGGGGAGGCCAUUGACAGAAGGCUUGGAGGAGUGAGAACGGAAGCCCAACGAAGGGCGGCAGCUGGGCCGUCACCCCCUGCCACGUUCAGGCUAUGGCAGGAAAAGAAGGAACCACCGAUUGGGGUAGAGGAAGUGGGGAGCGACGAGGAAGUGACUCAAGGACCACGUGGAGGAAGUAGGAGGGAAGAGCCCAUAAUCAUCGAAUCGGAUGAUGAAGACGAGGAAAGAAGGAUGGAAUCGCCAUCCGUCUUAUUGGGGAAGAUGGAGGACCUACUGAACAAGGUGGGAAGGUACCAGCAGAAGUUGGUAGACCUCUGCGACGAAGUGAAGAGAUGGAGGUCUAACGUCCCCAAGGUGUUCCUCUAUGACUCCGGCCCGGAGUCAGCGCCUGGGCGACCUGGAGUAAAUGUGGUGGGGUCGU